UGCAAUUUAGAAACUUUUCAUCUCGUCAUAUUUGAUUUGGGAGAGAUAAAUGGUGAGAUAUUAGAAAGGAAAAAAGUACCUCCGUCCUCCAUUGCCUUUACAGUUGCCCCCACGCCCCUCACAAAUUUCGCCGAUCCUUUCAAAGCUCAAUCCCAAGAAGCGUCACCGCUGCCAGCCUUCGAUCCUUCAAAAAUCUGAUCAGAUCUAUUUUUUUUUCUUUCACUACAUUCCUCACACUGAUUCCUCUCUCUUAUAUAAUACAAUAUUGUUUUCUGUUACUUCAUUCUCCGGUUUAUCUACAAAAAGAAUUUAUUAGAGUCGCUGAACUACCUAAUUUGUGUGCUUUCUUCUGAAAAAUGGAGUUGUUUUGGUGUAGUUUGUUGUAUAGUUAGGGUUUUUUCUUGGGGAGAACUUUCUAGAUCGCGAGCUAGGGUUUCUGAAGAUCUUCGAUUCAUUGGUGUGUUGUGAGUGAGUGUAUGAGGAUUUGGCGUUGUUUAUGUUUUGGAGAAGAAAAAGAUAAUAAGAAGGGCUACAAGAGUAUGAAAGACACGAUUUUGGGGAUUAAGGGCGAGGAAUCGCCAGAUGAUAGUCCGGCAUUUGACUGUAGGAGGGUUUUUGACGGUGUCGGUGUUGCGGCAGCGCUGACGCCACAGGUCGAAGCUGCUGGUAAUGUUGGUGUUCGGAGGAACGAGAAGAUCGAUUUUGAUAUCAAGUGGUUAUCCAGUGAAGUGGAGGUGAGGAAUGAGAAUUAUAGUGGUGACAGAAUGUUGAAUGUUAAUUUGAAUUUGGGGUUGAGUGGAGAGGCUUCAUCCUCAACAGUGCAGAAAGAGGAUUCUGAUCGUGAUACCCAUAGUAAAAGGCCCAAAGUUAACGCCUUUUCUCUGGAUUGGGACAACCACUUGUUGCAGGAGACCAAUCUUUUUUGUCCCAUGAAUGAGGGCGGUGGAGAUGUGAGUUUAUCAAACUUAUUUGGUGCAUCAAAUGAUGAGGGGAGAGAUAUUAAAAUGGAGGAUUUAGAUAUGCGGAUGGAUCUUACUGAUGACUUGUUGCAUAUGGUCUUCUCUUUUUUGGACCAUAUUGAUCUUUGUCGAGCUGCAAGUGUUUGUAGGCAGUGGAGAGCUGCUAGCUCUCAUGAAGAUUUUUGGCGGUAUUUGAAUUUUGAGAACAAGCAUAUUUCCUCAAAUCAAUUUGAGGACAUGUGUCAGCGAUACCCAAAUGCAACAGCCGUCAAUUUAUAUGGAGCUCUUAAUAUUCACCCAUUAGCAAUGAAAGUUGUUUCUUCAUUAAGAAAUCUCGAUGCUCUGACAUUGGGCAGAGGUCAGUUGGGGGAAACAUUUUUUCAAGCCUUAACAGAUUGCCAUGUGUUGAAGAGUUUGAUCAUUAAUGAUGCCACUCUUGGGAAUGGGAUUCAGGAGAUACCAAUUUAUCAUGAUAGGUUGCAUCUUCUGCAGCUUGUGAAGUGUCGUGUGCUUCGAGUUUCUAUCAGAUGUCCGCAACUUGAAACAUUAUCACUUAAGCGCAGUAGCAUGCCACAUGCGGUCCUUAAUUGUCCUCUUUUACAUGACCUUGAUAUAGCUUCAUGUCACAAACUUUCUGAUGCUGCUAUUCGUUCGGCAGCCACAGCAUGCCCUCUUUUAGAGUCUUUGGAUAUGUCAAACUGUUCUUGCGUCAGUGAUGAAACAUUGCGAGAAAUAGCUCAAACUUGUGGAAAUCUUCGAGUUUUGGAUGCUUCAUACUGCCCAAACAUUUCUCUUGAGUCUGUGAGGCUGGUGAUGCUGACUGUUCUCAAGCUUCAUAGUUGUGAGGGCAUAACAUCAGCUUCCAUGGCUGCCAUAGCCCACAGCUAUAUGUUAGAGGUUUUGGAGCUUGAUAAUUGCAGUUUAUUGACAUCAGUGUCCUUGGAUCUUCCUCGCCUUCAGAAUAUCAGACUAGUACAUUGUCGCAAGUUCAUUGACUUCAACUUGCAUUGUGGAAUGUUAUCAUCAAUUACUGUUUCUAAUUGCCCACUGCUCCAACGAAUCAAUCUAACUUCAGGUGCACUCAAAAAAUUAGUUUUGCAGAAGCAGGAAAGCUUGGCAACAAUUGCAUUACAGUGUCCGAAUUUGCUAGAAGUAGAUCUUACUGAGUGCGAAUCGCUCACCAAUUCUAUCUGUGAAGUUUUCAGUGAUGGUGGUGGCUGUCCUAUGCUUAAAUCCUUAGUUCUAGAUAGUUGCGAGAGCUUAACAUUUGUGGCCUUCUGCAGUACUUCCUUGGUUUCUCUUUCACUUGCUGGUUGCCGUGCUUUAGUUUCUCUUGAACUCAGGUGCCCAUGUCUUGAUGAAGUCUCUUUAGAUGGUUGUGAUCAUCUUGAAGUAGCAUCAUUUUGCCCAGUUGGUCUUAGGUCACUUAAUCUUGGUAUAUGCCCUAAAAUGAAUGUGCUCCAUAUUGAAGCUCCACAAAUGGUUUCACUUGAGCUGAAGGGCUGUGGUGUGUUAUCUGAAGCAUCUAUUAACUGUCCCCUCUUAACCUCUUUUGAUGCUUCAUUCUGCAGCCAACUCAAGGAUGACUGUUUAACUGCCACAACUUCGUCAUGUCCCCUCAUCGAGUCGUUAGUAUUAAUGUCAUGUCCAUCUGUUGGCUGUGAUGGACUCCUCUCUUUGCAUUCCCUCCCAAACUUGACCUACCUUGAUCUAUCAUAUACGUUUUUGGUUACCUUGCAACCUGUUUAUGAAUCAUGCUUGCAGUUAAAGGUCCUAAAGUUGCAAGCAUGCAAGUAUCUCACUGAUACAUCUUUGGAACCUCUCUAUAAAGAAAAUGCUCUCCCUGCCCUUUGUGAGUUGGAUUUGUCGUAUGGGACCCUAUGCCAAUCGGCCAUCGAGGAAUUGCUUGCUUGCUGCACACAUUUGACUCAUGUCAGCUUGAAUGGAUGUAUUAAUAUGCAUGAUUUAAAUUGGGGAUUUACUGGUGACCAACUGUUGCAUAUACCCAGUGUUAGUAUAGCACCUAAUGCAUCUUCCUUGGGAGAACAACAUUUGCCAAGUGAACUACCAAAGCGUUUGCUAGAGAACCUAAACUGUGUAGGUUGCACUAAUAUAAAAAAGGUGGUUAUUCCAAUGGCACAAGGUUUCCUUUUGUCAUCGUUAAACCUUUCCCUGUCUGCGAAUUUGAAGGAGGUUGAUAUAGCUUGUUACAACUUGUGUGUUCUCAAUUUGAGCAAUUGUUGUUCAUUGGAAUCGUUGCAACUGGAAUGUCCCAGAUUGGGUAGCCUCUUCCUUCAGUCCUGCAACAUUGACGAGGAAGCUGUCGAAGCUGCCAUAUCACGAUGUAUGAUACUUGAGACGCUUGACGUACGCUUUAAUCCCAAGAUUUGUCCACUGGGCAUGACGAGGUUGCGUGUUGCAUGUCGUGUUGCAUGUCCCAGUUUGAAACGUAUCUUCAGCAGCCUAGUCCCAUCGUGAGGCGAUGAAAUUCGGAUAUAUUUGUGUAGGCUGGCUAUUAGCAAUAUGUUUGAGGUUCAUGUUUUAUGUAUAGUUAAACUAUAUAUGUGGCUCUGUGAUUAGUGAACGUACAACGAGCUUCAUACAUAUAACACCUUAGUAUUUUGUCGUUGGCUUUCACAUUUUAUGAUUUGGUUGAACACACUUAAUGCAACUUUAUUCCAAUCAAUAAAGAAAUAAAACUAGAACUUGUAUGGGGCAA